AUGUCACCUAAUAGCAAAGCAAAAAUGCAUGGGACGCAAGGUUCCGACUCUGUCACUGUAAAUGGAGGUAUUCCACAAGGAUCAUGCCUCAGCCCAAUAGUAUUUAAUAUAUACACGACACCUCUUCACUCAUUGCAGGAUGAAAAUACGGCAGUUUUCCAAUAUGCGGAUGACUUCCUGAUCGAAUCUUUUGACUAUGAUUUUGACUAUACAGUUCAAAACCUUUCAACAAAAGCAUUGGCCUUCAAUGAAAAAUAUGCGGAAUUAAACCUGAAAUUCAACUUACUAAAAACUCAAACAAUAUACUUUGCUAAAGGCUUCAACAAGAAGGAUAGUACCUCAAAUUCAAAUGCGGUGAGAAUGAUGACUGGUGUUAAUGGUGGACUAUCUCCGGGACCUGCA